AUGGCGAACGGCCACCGCCUCCUGCUGGAGAACGCGCAGCAAGUGGUCCUGGUGUGCGCCCGCGGCGAGCGCUACCUGGCCGGGCCGGCGCUGCGCAGCCUGGCGGUGCUGGAGGGUGCCAGCCUGGUGGUGGGCACUGAUGGGUUUAUAAAAGCGAUCGGCCCUGCUGAUGCAAUCCAAAGACAGUUUUCUGGAGACACCUUUGAAGAAAGAAUUGAUUGCUCUGGGAAAUGCGUCUUACCGGGUUUCGUGGAUGCGCAUACACAUCCCGUGUGGGCUGGGGAAAGAGUCCACGAGUUUGCAAUGAAGUUGGCAGGGGCCACGUACAUGGACAUUCACCAGGCCGGAGGCGGGAUCAACUUCACGGUGGAGCACACCCGCCGCGCCUCCGAGGAGGAAUUGUUCUGCUCCUUCCGGCGGCGGCUGCAGAGCAUGAUGAGGGCCGGCAGCACCCUGGUGGAGUGCAAGAGCGGCUACGGCCUGAGCCUGGACACGGAGCUCAAGAUGCUGCGCGUCAUCGAGCGCGCCCGGCGGGAGCUGCACCUCGGCCUCUCGGCCACCUACUGCGGGGCUCACUCGGUCCCCAAAGGAAAAACCGCCAUUGAAGCUGCUGAUGACAUCAUCAGUAACCACUUGCCAAGGCUGAACGAACUCAGAAAAAACGGGGAACUGCACGUUGACAACAUAGAUGUGUUCUGUGAGAAAGGUGUCUUUGAUCUGGAUACGACCAGAAGGAUUCUUGAAGGUGGGAAAAAGAUGGGGUUACAGAUCAACUUCCACGGGGAUGAGCUCCACCCGAUGAAGGCUGCCGAGCUGGGGGCUGAACUAGGAGCGCAGGCGAUCAGUCACCUGGAGGAGGUCAGUGACGAAGGUAUCGCUGCCAUGGCUGCGGCCAGGUGUUCCGCCAUCCUCCUGCCCACCACGGCCUACAUGCUGAG